GAGGAGAAUAAGAUCGUAGACAAAAUGCAUCGACUAAAGGUUUCAGAGGUUGAAAAGCUAAUCCAAUCUGUUCGUGAACUUGAAGAAGCUGUUUUGGCUGGAGGAGCUGCUGCCAAUGCUGUGCGUGAUUACCAGCGGAAAGUGCAAGAGAUGAAUGAGGAGAAAAAGUAUCUAGAACGAGAAGUAGCACGUGCUAAGGUUUCUGCAAACAGGGUUGCCACAGUAGUUGCCAAUGAGUGGAAGGAUGGCAAUGACAAAGUUAUGCCUGUAAAGCAGUGGCUUGAGGAGAGAAGAUUUUUUCAGGGAGAACUGCAACAACUUCGAGAUAAACUGGUUGUAGCGGAGCGCACUGCAAAGGCAGAAGCACAACUGAAAGAGAAAUACCACUUACGAUUCAAGGUUUUAGAGGAAAGGCUUAAAGCAUCUAAUGUGAACUCUCGCACUGCCUCUGAAGGAAGAUGUAUAAACAACGGGCUUUCACGAUGUCAGUCUUUCGGUGGAGCUGAAAGUUUUUCCAGAUCUUCGAAUGGCUAUCUAUCAAAAAAAGCAGUGAAUUUACAAACUGGGUCCCUCCGAUCAAAUAGUGCAAUUGCCUUAGUGAGGAAUGCCAAGAUGUCAUCAAGAUCAUUUGAUGGUGGUAGUAGAUCAUUGGAUAGAGGUAAUCUGAUUCCAGUUGCAACUGCAAAAGAUAAUUUUCCCACCAUCACUAAUGAUCAGACCUCAAGUACUGAGAUAACUAUUACACAUGACGAGAGUAUGGAUGGGAUUCUAACUGAAAAAUCAAAAACACAGCUUGAAGAUCAUGUUUCAGGUGUGUUGUAUGAUCUGUUACAGAAAGAGGUAAUAACUCUGAGGAAAGCUUGCCAUGAAAAAGAUCAAAGCUUGAAGGACAAGGAUGAUGCGAUUGAGAUCUUGGCAAAAAAGGUUGACACAUUGAACAAAGCAAUGGAAGUUGAGUCCAAAAAAAUGAGAAGGGAAGUAGCUGCCAUGGAGAAGGAAGUUGCUGCCAUGCGGGUUGGCAAGGAGCAUGAUCAGCGAACAAGGCGCACUAGUGCUCCCAAGGCAGCUGUAACUAGCCCUCAUUUGCUCUCUGCAAGGAAUGCACGAAACUAAUUGGAAAUUGACGUAGGCGUGAUACAUUAGCCAGGAUAUGGCAUGUUUUAAUUCUUUAUUAACUCUUGUAUUAGCUGUCUCAACAAGUUAGUACAUUUGUAAAGAACUUACUCUAGGUUUCUAGGAAAUAUUUGUAUGUAUAUUUAUGUACUAUUAUUGAAAAUCAUUAAAGUCAA